UGUAAACAACAACCGAGUGGUCCCGGCAGUGCAGUGCGGUCUAUGAAUAGUUGCAGUCGUUACUUCAAUGUCAGCUGGCAACAGACCCAAGUCGGCUAACCGAAGCGAGUCACAUUGAUCAGCACGAGCACAGUGUCCGAGGACAAUCAAAAUCACACCAUAUACUUAGUACCUUCGUCUAUUACCAUACCAGCACCAUGUCGCAACGACAAGUGUUCGACUCCAAUUGCAUGACGCUCACCAGGUUCGUGUUGGACGAACAGAAAAAGGUGCCUACGGCCACUGGAGACCUAACGCAAUUGUUGACCAGCAUACAGACAGCCGUGAAAGCCGUUAGCUCGGCCGUGCGCCGGGCGGGUCUGGAUCAUUUGUACGGCAUGGCUGGUUCCACGAACGUGCAAGGGGAAGACGUGAAAAAAUUGGACGUUCUCAGCAACGAAUUGUUUAUCAACAUGUUGGCUUCGUCCUACAAGGUGAACAUGUUGGUGAGCGAAGAAAACGAAACUACCAUAGAGAUCGAGACUGAAAAACGGGGAAAGUACAUCGUGUGCUUCGACCCAUUGGACGGAUCGUCUAACAUAGACUGUCUGGUAUCCAUCGGAUCCAUCUUCGGAAUUUAUAAGACGAUUGACGAGAGCAACGAAAUCAACGUCAAGAACGUUUUGCAACCUGGUAGAGCUAUGGUGGCUGCAGGUUACGCACUCUACGGUAGCGCUACCAUGAUGGUGUUGUCGUUGGGCAAAGGCAGCGGUGUCAACGGGUUCAUGUUGGAUCCGGCACUUGGCGAAUUUCUGUUGACCGACCGCAACAUCAAAAUACCCAACAAAGGCAACAUCUACAGCAUUAACGAAGGAUACACUCAUCAGUGGGACGAAACCAUAACGGAAUACGUAUUGAAAAAAAAAGACCCCAAGUAUGGAAAACCUUAUGGAGCGAGAUAUGUAGGUUCGAUGGUGGCCGACGUACAUCGUACACUCAAGUACGGAGGUAUAUUCAUGUACCCAGCCUCAAAACAAUCUCCAAACGGCAAAUUGCGUUUAUUGUACGAGGGCAACCCGAUGGCAUACAUAAUCGAAGAAGCUGGUGGCGUAGCGUCCAACGGUAAAAUACCUAUUUUGGACAUACAACCUACAGCUUUGCAUGGGAGGUGUCCAAUAUUUUUAGGUUCCAAAGAUGAUGUUAACGAACUUUUGGAAAUGUACAACAAACACGCAUGAUUUGUAGGAAUUUUUUUUUUUUUUAAACGAUAUAUUUUAUAAAACAUUAAUAAUUUUAUAUAAUUGCCAUCAUAUAAAUGUUAAAAUUCGUUAUUGUGAUUUUAAUAGUUUACAGAAUAAAAUAAUUUUUUUUUUUUUCAAAAAAAAAGCAUAAUAAUUAUGAGGGAACAUAAACGAGGAAUGGACAUAAAUAUCAAAACCUUAAUCUAUCUAUGUAGUAAAAACUAAGUAAAUUAAUAAUUAAGUCACAUGUUGAAAUGCACAACCAGUAGCAAUAUUUAUGAACGGAGAGCUAAGAAUUGAUGGAAUACUUCAAGAAUGUGUAUAUCCAAGUCCUGCGUGAAGAGUAAUCCUUCUAGUGUACUACUGUAUUUUUGCACUUGUUCGUGAUGCUAUAAAAACAGAAAAAAUCAAAAUUACUGAACAAGCUCAAGUUAUUUGUUAAAGUCACAGUAGGACUCACGGCUAAAAACACUUGUUGAAGUCGUCCGAUUGUGUACUUAUACCAGUAUGUAUCAAAUGGUCUGUCGUCGGUAUCACAUUUUACUAAAUGUUCUGAUAAUAUCAUGAUGAACCUCUGAAA